UUUUUUUCUUGAUCGCUUCCUCGACCUCGCCAUUCCAUUUCCUUCACUCGCACCCUAAGCACACUCUGAAUCAUGUCCUGCAAAGUCGUUCUUGCUCAGUCUAUUUCGGCCUCUUACAGAGACGAAUUAAAAAAGACCAUCAAGGACCGUAACAUCCGCCCAAAACUCGUUGGAUUCCUUUCAAACGAAGACCCUGCCGCUGCAAAGUACGCUGAGUGGACCGCAAAGACCUGCGCCGAGACCGGGGUCGAGUUUGAGCUGAGAAAGUGCUCCAGAAAUGACCUUGAGGACAAGAUCGUCGAGGCGAACCAAGAUGAAGGCGUCCACGGCAUCAUGGUGUACUACCCCGUAUUUGGUGAUCGUCAGGAUCAAUAUCUUCAAAACGUCGUCGAUGUCAGCAAGGAUGUCGAGGGCCUUCACCACAAGUAUGUCUACAACAUGUACCACAACAUCCGCUUCUUGGACCAGGCCCAGACUAAGAAAUGCAUCAUUCCUUGCACUCCCUUGGGAUUGGUUAAGGUCAUGGAGUAUGUCGGAGUUUACAAUGGAAUUCUUCCCUACGGCAACCGCCUUCACGGAAGGGUUGUCACCAUCAUCAACCGCUCCGAGAUUGUUGGCCGUCCCUUGGCCGCUUUGCUUGCCAAUGACGGCGCCAAGGUUUAUUCUGUCGACAUCAAUGGCAUCCAGGAGUUCCAUCGUGGUGUCGGCCUUCAAUUGAAAAAGCACGAGGUCAGCGAAACCGACUUGAAGCUAGAAGAUGUCCUUCCUCUAUCGGACGUUGUUAUCACUGGCGUCCCAUCUCCCUCAUACAAGGUCCCCUCAAACCUGAUCCGCGACGGUGCUGUCUGCAUCAACUUUUCAACUUUCAAGAAUUUUGAUGGCGAUGAAAUCAAGAAGAAGGCCGCGAUCUACGUCCCUGCCGUGGGCAAGGUCACCGUCGCCAUGCUCGAGCGCAAUUUGGUGCGCUUGUAUGAUUAUCAGUUGCAAGAUCGCGCCGCUACGGCUACAGCAACUGCCUAAUGGAUCAGUGUGCAUAUUUACAUCAUUCUCAUUUUCUUUUUACAUACACGUCAUAUACUCAUUUCAUUAUCAUCCAGCACACCCAUGUUCAAUACGAAGACCCAGUAGAGAAGACAUGU